AUGGGCGCAUUCGAUGCCCCUAUACCGUACGACAAGGCCGUCUACAUAGAGACCGAUACCGGGAACAAAGUCUCCCGUAAGGCACUCAUUCAAGGUGCUUCUAACAUCGUCCUCGGAGGGAAAUCAAUCAUCCAGACCGGAGCGAUACUCCGAGGUGAUCUUCGCCGGAAUGCGCCUGGACAGCAUCCCGUCAUCACGAUGGGGAGGUACUGCACCGUAGGGGAGAAUGCGGUCCUCCGACCCCCUGGAAAGAUGUACAAGGGACAAUUCACAUACUACCCUCAGCGCAUCGCUGACUUUGUUACCAUCGGGAAGGACGCCGUCGUCGAGGCCGCACAGAUAGGCAGUGGGGUGGAUAUAGGCGAAGGGGCAGUCAUUGGCCAAUUCGUCAUCAUCAAAGAUCUGGCGGUCAUUCGGCCGGGUACGGUUUUGGCAGAUGCUACCGUGGUGUCGUCGAUGAGCGUAUGGGAGGGCAACCCAGGACGCCUGGUCGAUACCUUACCGGAGACAUAUCAGGAGACAGUGGAAGCGAGCUGCCGAAGCUUGUAUCAGCGCUUCCGGCCUAACGCCUGA